UGCCUGUCUGAACCUCUGCCAGUCUGAAGAGCGGUGCUCAGAGCUUAAGCCAGAGGGCCUCUUUCUGCACCCUCACCGCCACCCUUCUCACCCCAGCAAGAAGAAUCUCCCAGCAGGAGAGAUUGUUCCCAUCUGUCCAACCAUGGGAGAGGAUGCUGCACAAGCGGAAAAGUUCCAGCACCCGAGUUCUGACAUGAGCCAAGAGAAGCCACCAAGCCCCAGCCCGAUUCCCUCCUCCACACCAAGCCCCAGUCUGAACCUGGGGUGCACGGAGGAGGCUAUCCGGGACAACUCGAAGGUGAACGCCGUCACGGUGCACACGCUCCUAGACAAGCUGGUGAACAUGCUGGACACCGUGCAAGAGAACCAGCACAAGAUGGAGCAGCGGCAGAUCAGCCUGGAGGGCUCAGUGAAGGGCAUCCAGAACGACCUCACUAAGCUCUCCAAAUACCAGGCCUCUACCAGCAACACCGUGAGCAAGUUGCUGGAGAAAUCUCGAAAGGUCAGCGCCCACACUCGCGCUGUCAAGGAGCGCAUGGAGAGACAGUGCGCACAGGUGAAGCGGCUGGAGAAUAACCACGCUCAACUCCUCAGACGCAACCAUUUCAAAGUGCUCAUCUUCCAGGAAGAAAAUGAGAUCCCUGCCAGUGUGUUUGUGAAAGAGCCGGUUCCCAGCCCAGUGGAAGGGAAGGAGGAGCUUGCUGAUGAGAACAAGUCCCUGGAGGAAACCUUGCACACGGUGGACCUCUCCUCCGAUGAUGAAUUAGCCCACGAGGAGGAGACCCUGGAAGACAGUGCAGAGGAAAAGAUGGAAGAAAGUAGGGCAGAGAAAAUAAAAAGAUCCAGCCUCAGGAAAGUAGAUAGCCUCAAGAAAGCCUUUUCUCGCCAGAACAUUGAGAAAAAGAUGAACAAGCUGGGGACCAAGAUCGUAUCUGUAGAGAGGAGAGAGAAGAUUAAGAAAUCUCUCACAUCCAAUCACCAGAAAACAUCCUCGGGGAAAAGUUCCCCCUUCAAGGUUUCUCCCCUCACUUUUGGUCGAAAGAAAGUCCGAGAGGGAGAAAGCCCUGCAGAAAAUGAGAGCAAGUCAGAAGACAUGGCAAGCAGUGAGCAGAUGCCAAAUGACCAUGAAGAGGGCUCGCUUGCAGAGGGUCUUUCUGAAGCAUCCCUCCCCAGUUCCCUGCUGGAAGGGAAGAACACAGAAGGGGAUACUGAGAAGGGGGCCUUCAGAGGGAAUAACUCUGGGAUGGACAGCAACAUUGACUUGACAAUCGUGGAAGAUGAAGAAGAAGAGCCGGUGGCCCUGGAACAGGCACAGAAGGUGUGCUAUGAAGGUGGUUACAUGCUGACCUCAGAGGUGAUAGAGCAGUCGAAUGAGGAACCCGUGCAUCCAGCUGUGCUCCAGGUGGACCAAACCGCCUAAACCUGGAGCCCAGGGCCGCCAGCCUGUGCCCCAGGUUAAAUGGGCGACAGAGCCUGGAAACCAGCUCCUCCCUAUCUCCAUACUGCCCACUCAUUAAUGUCAUUGUCCAGGGAGUCUCCACUGGCCACACAGUGGCAACGUACGUACAUGAGGCCAACAAAGCAACCUGACAGAGGAUCCACUCAAUUUGCUCUUAGGUUCUGUUGCUGUAGAAUUUCUCCAAAAUUGUCAGGAAGAAGAAAUGGAGGAGUUGAAAAAACACUGAUCCACUUGGCUUAGUCGAGAAAACCAGAGGACAGUUACAAUACCAGUUGUGAAAUGUGAUUAAUUUUUUGUCAUUCCAUCAGCUUGUUGAAUCAUGUGCCAUUAGUCAUCCAUUGAAUUUCUACAGUUUUCUGUGAAUCGAAUCUUUAAGUGGGUGAUACACAAUAUUCAUACGUGUGUAAGGUAAAAACAGCUAUAUUUUAAGAAGCAAAUAUUUACUAAAGGUAGAAGGGAAUGUUCAGGCAGUUUUUCAGUUAAUAAGACCCAUUGUUUUUUUGGAAAUGAAGGAAAGUUGAAAGACAAUGAUAGCUAAUGACAUUCAGCAUGGAGUAAAGGCAAGGCUUGUUAGAAAAGAAAACUAAGAGGAAGAAGUUGAGAAAUAAGAGAAAUGGAAAGUAAAGAAUGCCAAGGAGAAUGAAGACAGAGGGAAAAAUAUGUGCUUAAAAGUGAAAUCUUUACAAUAUUAAGCUAAUUAUUUCACUCUUUAAAUAACAAUACUAAAAAUAUUUCUAUAUCCUGGAAUAACAUGUUAUAACUUCACAAUAUUUUAUUUUCUAAUAUUUUCAAAUACUACAACAAAUAUUUUAUUGUGUUAAAGCUGCAUUGUUGUUCUCAAUAAUCAAAAGGAAGUACAACUAUUCCUUGGAAGAAGUUCAGUAGAAUGUUGUCUCUUUAACAUUGAAAUAAGUAUACAUCUUCGAAAAGUUAAUAAUAUGUACUGUCUUUGUAGGAAGUUGGACCAUACUAUUCUUUAAUGUUUUCUAAAUUUGAAAUAACCUCUAUACUACAUAUAAUGUGAUGUUAGUUUAUAAGCUGUUAAAGUCUAUAGGUUUGAGAAGGGAAGAGUGCUAUUUUUCCUCUUUUGUACAUAAUAGUAAUUUCAUUCCAGGUCAUAUUUUAUUUAUAUAUUAAUUUCACAGAAUAUUAAUGUUUUGUAACUUCUUAAAGCAUGUUUAUAUAUGUGUACACAUUCAUUCAGACAGGGUAAUUUUUAUUGUUGCCUAACAUUAUACUAACAUAUUGCUUUAUCUAUUUUUAAUUACAAAAUGCUAAUGUUUUGUUAAGUAAUAGUUCAAAGAUAGUGGACCCAGGGAGCAAAUGCCCUACCUUUAGUAUAUACCACUACAAAUAAUCUAACAAAUAGACGUAAUCCAAGACAAUGAUAACAAACUAUGCUUUGUCUUUAAUAAAAGGGAUAGGAUUAGCAAAAUGUAUUGAUGGUAUAACCCAUUCAGUUUUGUCUUAUUUCAUAAUAAUGUAACCCCACAUAUUGGAUUUGUGAACUAACAAUGGCUGUGUUAAAGAAGAUUAAAUAAACCAAAAAAUAAAAGGUA